AUGGGAAGCACUAUGCAAGCCAACCUCCAUGAUGAGAUUAUGAAGCAGUUUGGAGAUUAUGACAAUGUUUACAGUCAACUUUACAGGCUAAAAUCAUUCGAUGAGGAAAUAAUUGACGAAUUAUUUCAAGAUAUUAAUAAAAUUUUGAUCGUUACAAAAAUAGAUCUUCCUGUUCAAUUACUAUCCAAAAUCAGUAUUAUGGCAGCAUAUAAUAAUCGAUAUUUACGAUCCUAUUGGACACUUUUCAAAAAAAUUUAUUCAAAAUAUAAUCCAAAACCAGCUAACUUCUUAAGUUCAAUAUUUAAAUAUCUAUUUUAUAGAGAAUACAACAAAUAUUGGGAUGAAGAAUCCAAAGAAGCUGUUGAGAGAUAUCAAUCCGAUGAAUUUUCUUCUUUUCUUAUUGGAGAUGAUUUGUAUCAUUAUACAAUUUAUCAUGCAAUUGUAAAUGAUGACCUAAAUAUACUCAUUCCUAUUACAGAAGAGGAUUAUUUCGAUAAAGAUCAAAUGAUAACGACAGGUUUCUUUCCUUUCAGUUCUUGUGGAUAUUUUUUACUCGAAUUAUGUAGUUAUUAUGGUUCAGUCAAUUGUUUUAAGUUUUUCUUAACAAAAUUCAACCCAAGAAUCACUCAAAAAUGUCUUCAAUUUUCAUUUUUAGGUGGGAAUAAAGAAAUAAUUUCCGAAUGUUUAAAAAAUAAACAGCCAGAUAAGGAAACAAUGAAAAGCGCAAUUAUUUCACAUAAUGUUGAUUUUGUUACUUAUUUGAUGAAUGAACACAAGUUAAAUAUUGACGUAGAAUAUUGUUGCAAAUUCAAUAACCUUCAAGCAUUUGCAGUUUAUUUAGACGAAUCAGAAGAUAUUAAUAUUAAUAAUUGUUUUAUUUAUUCUCCUUGGUUUGGCAUACCUGAUCUUUGCGUAUACUUAAUAGAACAUGGAGCAGAUGUUAAUACAAAAGAUGGUCGUAAAAAUAAUGCAUUCUUUAAGGCACAAGAUCCUUUAACUAUUCAAACAAUGGAAGUUUUACUAAAUAAUGGAAUUGAUUAUAAAGCUGUUGAUUGGAGAGGACAAACAAUACUUCAUGUAUUUGUAGCCCGUAAUAUGUAUGAACAAGCUAAACUUCUUCUAGAAAAAUGUCAAGAUAUUAAUGUUAAUGCAGUAGAUAAAUACAAAAUAACGCCACUUCUUGCAUCAGCAGCAAGAGGUUCGCCGGAAAUUAUUGAACUUUUACUAUCACAUGGUGCAAAUGUAAAUGCCCAAGAUGUUAGUGGAGAAACAGCUCUUGAAAAAGCUAUGAGCACGAGUAAUCUUGAAGUUAUAAAACUUCUCAUUAGUCAUGGCGCUUAUGUAAAUAUUCAGGAUGAUUAUGGGAAAACUGCACUUCAAAUUGCAGCGCAAAAAAAUUGCAAAGAAGUCAUAGAAUUUUUAACUUCACAAGGUAUAAAUUUUAAUGAAUAG